AUGGAGCAGCCGCUCCAUGAUGCUCUGGAAAAUGCCGAGAGCCACGCAGACUCCAAAUUGGAGUCUACAGCAACGAAACGCUCCACGAUGAGUAAUGAUUGUUUGGGCAUCUGCCGUUGCGUCGUCUACAGGGCAAAAGGGACGUGCCUAACUUUAAGUCUAAUUGGCACUACAUUGGGGUCUAAAUUAAAAGAAAUUGGCCUUCACUCAUUGCAGUGGAUGUGUGGCUGUGAGCUCCGAGGAGACAAGAGCAAAAGAGGAUUUUGGCAGUAUGGCUACGAAGGGAGGACCUUCAUCACCUUCGACAAGGAGACCCUCACCUGGGUGGCUCCCGAACCCCAGGCCCAGAUCACCCAGAGGAAAUGGGACGGUGUUCCAGGAAAGAAUGAGAGACAGAAGUCCUACCUGGAGGAAAUCUGCAUUGACUGGAUAGAGAAGUACCUGUCCUAUGGGAAGGAGACUCUGCUGAGGACAGGUGAGCAUCUGGAUCCAGACUUUCCUCCUUUAUGGCUGGAUCUCUUGUACACAUUCAGCCCCUUUGGGUGCCUGGUCUUUAGCCUGUUUGCCAUGGUGGGAAUCCCCCUCCUCCUCUUCCAGCCCCUCUUGCAUGUAGACCCCCUCCCCUAG